AUGGAAAGUCUUGAAACGGCUAUUGCGAAAGCUGCUGGCUCAGUAAGUUUUCCAUAAUUUUUUUCAUACAAAACUAAUAUUUCAGAAAGAUCCUGAACGGAUUCGAAAUGUAUGUUUAGUUGCACACGUUGACCACGGAAAAACAAGUUUUGCCGAUUCAUUGGUUUCAGCAAACGCAGUUAUUUCAAGUAAGAUUUUGUUUCAUAUUUUUAAUUACAAAAAUAUCUAAUUUAGGUCGAAUGGCGGGUAAAUUACGUUAUAUGGAUAGUCGAGAAGAUGAACAGACAAGAGGAAUUACUAUGAAAUCAAGUGGAAUUACAUUGCUAUGUGAACCAUUGUUAAUCAAUCUAAUUGAUAGUCCAGGACAUGUUGAUUUUUCUGGUGAAGUUACUUCGGCUCUUAUUUUAUCUGAUAUUGCACUUUUGUUGAUUGAUGUGGUAUGUUUUGAUAUUUAUAAUUACUUCUAUUAUGCAUAAUAAUUGUUUUAGAUUGAAGGAAUUUGCUCACAAACUGAAGCAUUGAUUCGACAAGUUAUUCGAAAUGGACAAUCAAUGAUUUUAGUUAUAAAUAAAAUUGACAGGUAUUCUUAUUCUGAAAAAGUUUUUAAUCUUAUUUUAACAUUUUCCAGAUUACGAGUUGAAUUGAAAAUGUCAGCAAAUGAGGCAUUUCUUCAUAUGACACGAUUAAUUGAAAGAGUUAAUAGUUGUAUUAGUCAAGUUAUUAGUGGAAUUGUAGUCGAAGAUGAUUCAUGGGGAAAUAUUGAAGAAGUUGAACAAAAUAUUCAUUUUGAUCCGGUAAAAGGAAAUGUUAUAUUCUCAUCUGCACUUCAUUCAUAUGCUUUUGGUUGUGAAGAUUUUGCACAAUAUGCAGCUAAAAAAUUAAACAUUGAAAAUAAUUUAUUGGCUCCUGCUAUGUUUGGAGAUUAUUUCCUAGCGGUUGGUGGAGAAAUUCGAGAUGGUGCUGCGGCCAAAAAUAAAUCUACAAUUUUCGAAAGAGUUGUGCUGGAGCCAUUAUGGAAAUUGCAUGAUUUGGGACUUGUGGAAAACGAUCUCGAAAAAUUGAGUGGAGCGGCAGAAAAACUUGGUUUUCCACUGCGAUCUCGUCGAGCAAAUGAAGCUUUUGAUGAAUUAAUGCGAUCGUGGCUUCCAUUACCAAAAGCAACAUUCCGUGCAAUCGCAAGAUCUCCAAAUUCUCGAUCAACUUUUCAUACAAAUCAUCGACUAAAUUAUCUAACUGGAAAUCGCAUUGAUCAUCCACUUAGAUCUUAUAUUUUGAGUUGCUCUCCAAAUCGUAAGCACUUUAAUCUGUUUCGUUUAUUGAAUAUUUAUGAUGUUUUUCAGAAAUGACUGUUGUAUUUGUUGUUAAACUUCUUGCAAGUGAGAAUGCUACAACGUCAAGACGAGCUAUUUGCCGCGUUUUGAGCGGAAAACUUAAAAAGGGUGACAAUCUCUACGUUUUGCAACAAAAUGUGCGUUGCACUGUUUUUUUUUAAUUUGAAGUUCGAAUUCCAAUUAAUUUUAGACGAAUAAUGAAGUUAGUUCAACAACAAUAAAUAAUGUAUUUGUUCUUCGUGGCCGAGAUGUGAUUUCAGUCGAUGAAGCAACAAGUGGAAUGAUUUGUGCAAUUGAUGCUGAAUGGCUUCUUCAAAAUACAACAUUGUGUUCUGAACCGAAAUUCCCAUCGUUGAAAAUUGGUUCGAAAACUGGAGAAGCACUUGUGAGAGUUUCGAUUAGCACACAACAAUUAGAUGAUAUGGAUGAGUUGAGAGAGAAAUUGAAGUUGUUGGCAUUAUUGGAUACUAGUUUGAAAGUAGGUAAAAUUUAGAAAAAAUCUAUAAAAUAUUCAAUUUUCUGAACAGGUUAUGGAGCUCGAAACUGGUGAACUUGCAAUGAUUACAGCUGGAGAAGUACAUUUACAAAAAUGUAUUAAAGAUUUGAAUGAUUUGGGAUUAGUUGAUUUAGAUGUUUCUGAACCAAUUGUUCCAUUUAUGGAAACUGUUAUUGCUGAUCCAAUAUUAUCUACAUCACAAAUAAAUGAACAAGAAACUGAAUGCCGAAUUCGAGAUGCACUUUAUAUUAAACUUCGUGUUGUUCCUUUGGAAGAAAGUGUAAUCGAAUUACUUGAAAAUAAUUCGCAUAUUUUAUCUGCAAUUCGAAGAGGAGAAUCUGAAUUAUCAGAACUCGAAGAAUUCCGAAAAAAGUUGAAAACUUUGGCUGUUGAAAAAUUGGCAGGAUUGAAAGGAAGUUGGUGGUAUCGAAAAAGUCCAGAAGUAAUUGAACAACUUAUUGAAAAUAUUUGGGCAUUUGGACCAGAUCGAGCACGCUUUAAUAUUUUAUUCAAUAAUAUGCAAAAUUAUGACAGAGAAUCGAUUUGGCAAAGUGAGAUAGAAAAAUUAUUAUUGAUUUAAAUAAAAAUAAUUUUUUUUGUACAGAAAGUGAAUUAGGAAACGCGCAAAUAGUUCGUCGAUUUGAUCAAGCACUGAUUUCUGGUUUCGAUCUAUUCUGUAAUAGUGGUCCUUUAUGUAAUGAAACAAUGCACGGAACUGCAAUAAUUGUUGAUGAGUGGACAGUUGAUGAAAAUGAUAGUGCAAUUGGUGGACAAAUGAUGUCAGCAAUGCGGGCAACUUGUGCUGCAGCUGCACAAAAAUUGGCACUUCGAUUAGUUACAGCAAUGUAUAAAUGUAUUGUAACAACAUCAAGUCAAGCACUUGGAAAAGUUCAUGCUGUUUUGUCGCAAAGAAAAUCGAAAAUUAUGUCAGAAGAUAUUAAUGAGGCAACUAAUUUAUUUGAAGUUGUUUCAUUGAUGCCAGUUGUUGAAUCUUUCUCAUUUUGUGACCAAUUGAGGUGAGGAUUUUUUAUUUUUGAGAAAAACAGCGUGUACAACUUAUUUUCUUUAAAUAGUUGAAACAAAAAUGACGGUUUCGAGAAUAUUUGAAAAUUUAGAAAAACAUUUUUAGCAGAUUAUCAGCUUUUUUGGCUUUCUGAAAAUUUUCUUCAAAAAACUGUUUAUGUUUUUAAAACAUGAAAUUUCAUGUUUCAAUUCCAAUUUCAACUUCACAAUUGUUUUUCCAAACUUUUUUUCAAAAAAAAAAAGUUCCCACCCAUCCAUAUUAACUUGUUGGCUGAGAAAAACAUUAUAAGUCCUUCUUCGUCAUAAUACAAAUAAAUAUUGUCUACCUUUUAAUAUUGACCUAUUUAUAUUUCUCAGACAAUGAUCUUUGUUUCGAUAAAAGAAACAAUUUGGAAUGUAUUAUUUUUUUUUUAGAAAAUUUACAUCUGGAAUGGCAUCAGCACAACUUCAAUUUUCUCAUUGGCAAGUAAUUGACGAAGAUCCAUAUUGGAGACCAUCAACUUUGGAAGAAAUUGAAGAAUUUGGAUUAAAAGGUGAUAGUCCAAAUCAUGCACGUGGAUAUAUGGAUGCAGUUAGAAGAAGAAAAGGAUUGCCAACUGAGGAUUUGAUUGUUGUUUCGGCUGAAAAACAGAGAAAUCUGAAAAAGAAUAAGUAA